AUGACUGAGAAAUUGCCGCCUAAUAUUUUAGCGCUUUUUGCUCCUCGACCGCAGCUUCGUUAUCUCCCCCCUACAGAUGUUUCUCCGGGAGAACGCGCGACUCCUCGCGUUUCUGGGAUAGCUGCUUAUUUGCAGUUUGCAAAAACUCAUGACAACGACUAUAAGCCAACACAAAGCUUGGAAGAGCAAAGAUUGUUGAGAAAAGAGGAAAAACAGCGCAAACAUGUAGAAAAAUUGAGAGAAAUGCGAAAACGCUGGAAUCCAGACGAAGACAGGAAUAUUGUCGGAGAUCCUUACAAGACCAUCUUUAUAGGAAGACUUAGUUACGACACAAAAGAAUCCGAGAUCGAAAGGGAAUUUAUUCGUUAUGGUCCUAUCGAUCGUAUUCGUAUUGUCCGUGACAAAGAUUCGGACAAACCUCGUGGAUACGCUUUUGUCGUUUUUGAACGUGAACGGGAUUUAAAAGCAGCAUAUCGUGCCAGUGACCGACUAUACAUCAAUGGCAGAAAGGUUGUUGUAGAUGUGGAGCGGGGCCGUACUGUAAAAGACUGGUAUCCUCGUCGUUUGGGAGGCGGCCUUGGCGGUCGUCACUACACAGCAGAACCAAAACGUUUUGAGCGUGGUUCUCGUUACCGGGGAGGAAGUUCCGUUGGGAGAGGAGGAUUCCGUGGAAGCUUCCGUGGAGCAAGCAAUUCUUCGACCGGAUCCAAUGGACCGCGGGGUUUCAGCCAACCACGUCGUAGUCGUACUGCUGGUCUUGGUUAUGAAAGACGUGACAGAGCGAGCUCUCCUAAAAGGCGUAGGUACUACUAA